AGAAAACAUGGACCAGCUUCCUCUUCUGCUGUGAGUCAGAGCUGCUAGAAAGAUCAGGAAACCAGUCCUCAGCUGGGAACGUUUGACGUGUCCACCAUGGCUCGGGUCGCCCUCCUGUGUCUGCUCGCAUCCAUCGGGCGCUGCGUGGGUCAGAGGAUCCUGUCAGAGAGCUCUGUGCACGCAGGUGUCGGAAGCAAUGUGACGCUGAGAACUCCGAUUCACGACCUGCAGAGCUCGGCUCUGUUCUGGCACUUUAAUGACGGGAAGGAGAUUGUAAAUGUUGCCUCGGUGAGCUCCUCCACGCUCAGACUGAACACGUCCUACGAGGGCAGAGCGUGGAUUAAUCCAGCCAACGGCCACUUGACCCUGGGUGCGCUGACACUGCAGGACAGUGGGGAAUAUAUCAUCACCAUCGUAUACAAACACGGUCAGAGCGACGUUGCAAAGAUACGCCUCACGGUCUCAGGGACCCAGAACGGAGGAAAUCCACGCGCUCGCUCUUCACUCGUCACAUGUGGACGCUCGGUUUUCAGCACGUACGGGCAAACCGUGUCAGGACCAGGUGUGGCGGUCCCAGCUGCAACAAUGAAAUCUCCACCCACCGGCACCACCCCCAUGCCAGCUCUCCCUGAGCAGAUCACAGAUUACUUUGUGUCUCUGGUUGUGUGUGUGGUUGUGAUCGUCGUGCUGUCGGCUGGUUUCCUGCUGCUCCUCUACAGAUGGAUGGAGAACAGGAAAAACAGGAAUUCAGAUGGAAGACAGGUGGAGAUACCUGCGGCCCAGCAGAAGAACGGAGCUCCAGGGUCCACAUGUGAAGACUCCACCUACCAGACCAUGACUCCAGCCCCCACAGACCUGGACCACAUCUACUCCACCCUCACUGACAUGCAGUACAUGUCACAUGUGCGAUACAUUCAAACGGACACAAUUUCCUGCAAAUCAGUAACAUCCCAGUAAAAUCCUGAAAUGUUUCCAUCACAAACUCAUCCACAGAUACGUUUGUGAUGUUUAUAAUUGUAUAACUAUAAACAUCAGUUAUAAUAUUAAUCGUUUUCAUGUUUUUUUAUUUGUGUAUGUUUGUUAUUACUUCAGUUUAUAAGCCCCGCCUCUCUGAGCUGUGGGUGUAAAUGAACGCUAACCCCCUAACUCUGACCUUCGCCAGUCUCUUCUGUUGCUGCCGUCCCUACAGACGCUGUAUUUCACAUCACGUAUGUUGUAUGAUUGUCACUGAUCUAAUGACUCAAUAACUUUUGCUACAAUGUGAUUAAAGAGGCCACUUUGACCAGCUUUAGCAUUAAAAUGCUGUUUGGAUGGGUAAAUAAGAUUACACUAUAUAGUGAGUUUUGGUAUCAAACAUAAUUAACCUUUGUACUGUAAAUUCUUUACAUGAUUUGAAUGGUUCCUGUUUACCUGUGUCUAAUAGUAAAAAGUCGUAUUGCUGCACACUUUGUCUGAUUCUUAGUCCUGUGACUGUUGCUGGUCAGUACGAGCACUGAUGCUGGUGCUGGAUCUAUACUAGUGUGCUACGAUCACUUUCUUUCUGUCCUCUAAGUUCAGCAUGUAGCUCACUGAACUGUGUUAAAUCAGUCAUUUCUUUGGAAAUAAAAAAUGUACGUCACACAUUCACUAUAAAAAUAUCUUUUUCA